AUGCAAAUAAACCAGAAUGAUAUCAAUAUUGACACCACCGACAUUCUACUGAACGCAAAGGGGAAAAAGAAAAUGGCAGAAGUCGCAGACCAGCCCGUAGAGCCCAGAGCGAGACAUGUUGUCUAUUGCGGAGUCUGCACGCUCCCACCAGAGUACUGCGAGUUUGGCGGCACAUCCAAGAAGUGCGAAGAGUGGUUAGAAACGAGCCAUCCAGAUCUGCACCAACGAUUAUAUUCCGAGGAAACAAUCAACGCCAACCUCUCCACCCUCUCCAUCUCCGCCCGCGAACGCGCCGCCAAAGACGCCGCCAAAAAAGAAGCCAAAGCCCAACAAGCCCUCGAACGCGAAACAGAACGCAAGGCCUCCUCCAAGAUCCAAAUCAAGCGUGUCGAGCGCAACAAACGCAAAUUCGUCACCGUGGUAAUCGGCCUCGAGGCGCAUGGGCUCGAUCUGAAGAAAGUCGCAAAGGAGCUUGGGAAGAAGUUCGCGACGGGCUCGUCGGUCACAAAGUCGCCCUCGGGCACCGAGGAGAUAACGGUGCAAGGGGACGUGAGUGACGAUCUCUUUGAGUGGUUGUUGGAGGUGCAUGGGGACAAGGUGCCGGAGGAUAAUGUGGAAUUGGUGGAAGAUAAGAAGAAGAAGGCUGCUACGUGA